AUGGAGUUGGCACGCAUCCUGCACCGCCAUCCCGAAGUUGAGAUCGCGGCUGCAACCGGUCGAAGCCAGGCUGGAAAGCGACUUGGAGAAGUCUUCCCCCACCUGUCCGCAUGUGAUGUCGAGAUAACCCCGGACAUUGUCGAUAGCGUGGACUUUGUCUUCUCGGCGUUGCCACAUGCCGCCAGUGCCGAAAGGUUGGAGCCAUUCAUUGACGACGGAGUCAAGGCUGUGGACAUAUCCGCGGACUUUCGCCUUAAGGACCUUGACGAGUACACGGGGUGGUACAAGAUUACUCAUCCCUGCCCCCAGUACGUCGAGACCGCCGUCUAUGGCCUAACUGAACUCCAUCGUGACGAGAUUGCGCAGAGCAACCUCGUCGGCAACCCAGGCUGUUAUCCGUCGGCUGCAAUUUUGGCCAUGGCACCUGCUGUAGAGGCUGGCAUCAUUGAGGGCGGCUCCGUUGACCUCAACUUCUCUGAGGUCAAUGAAAACUUCAAGGCGUACAACAUAGACGGACACCGUCACCACCCUGAAAUAACUCAGGAAUUGGGUGACAUAAAUGGUGGUCCCGACCUGAAAAUUACGUUCCUAACUCACUUGGUCCCCAUGACCCGUGGGAUCCUUGUUACCUGCUAUGCCCCUCUGAAGCCGGAUGCAGUUCCGGGCGGAGAGGACGGCAGGACAGCUGUACGCCGCAUCUAUAACGACUACUAUGACGGCGAGCCCUUCGCGAAAGUCGUGCCGCAGCCACCACAGACCAAGCACACCUCUGGCAACAACGACUGUGUAAUAUUCCCGACGGUCGACCUGCGAGCAGAUCGACUGAUCGCAAUUGCCUGCCUUGACAAUCUGGUCAAGGGAGCUGCAGGCGGGGCCGUGCAGAACAUGAACGUAAUGUGCGGCUUCGAUGAGACAGCCGGGCUGGAGCAGUUGGCGCUCUAUCCUUAA